GAGACCACACCUUGAUUACAUGGCCAAUCCGUGUGACAGCUCCUUUUUGAGACUCACCUUCCCCUUAAGGUGUUCCUUUUUUUCCGAAAACAUCCGGGAACCAACUCCGAAGGUGUUCUUUCGCUCCAAGCGUCGUGGUCGCUCCAAACCGCGCAGUACCAGCACCAUCUCGCAGAGCACCAUUUCGCAGACCUCCUCAGCCACCACUGUGUCCAGCACCUCCAGUAGCAGGACCACUGUCACGACAGCAACGACGACAGCGACCAGCACGUCCAUCAGUGUGACGACCGAGACAGUCACCAGUACUUCGCUCACCCACACCGUGUCGAUCACCAGUCAGACCACCAGCAGCAGCACGGAGACGAGCACGUCCAGCUCCACCAAAUCUACAACUUCUGGGACCAUAUCGACGACAAGCAGCUCCAGGAGUUCCACCACGUCUUCCACAUGGUCAACGAGCAGCACCAUCUCCACAAGCUCCACUUCCGUGACUUCCAGCAGCACCUCCCUGUCUUCGACAGUGACCACAAGUUCCAGCACAAUCACCAGCAGCAGCAGCACGGUCUCGAGCACCUCCAGUAGCAGCAUCACUGUGACCAGUACCAGUGAGACGAGCACCACCACUGGCUCGACCAGCUCAUCAACCUCGACCAGUUCAUCGAGGACUUCCAGUAGCUCAACGCUGAGCAGCACGAGCAGCAGCAGUGUGAGCAGUACAAGUUCGACCAGGAGCAGCAUCACCACAACGGCAACCUCCUCGAGUCAAACUUGGACGGAGAGCAGCUCCAGCAGCACCAGCAGCUCUGUCACGGGCACCAGCUCCACGGACACAACGAUGACCAGUACAAUGUCCACCAUCACCUCGAGCUCAUCCACAUCCACAGCGACCUCAGCCACAUCGACCAGCAGCACUGACACCACAGUGACCACCACAACCAGCUAUUAUCCUCGCUUGCUUUGUGGCCCCUCGAAUCCUGUGGGCGGCUACACAGACUUCUCGUGGGAUGGUGGAGGAGUGACCACGGUGAGCAAUCCGGAGGAUUGGAUUUGGAGAGUCUACAUCAAGCAGCAAAGCCCAGGAAGCGAAUGGCUCCUAGUGCCGCACUGCUGGGAGGUGACACAGCCGAACUGCCAAAUCUAUUGCUUGGAGGAUGGAAGCUCCUAUGAUCUACGCGUUGAAUUGCAAUCGAGGAAAGUGGGCCCUAGCUAUGGCACGGUCCAUCAGGAGGUCUUCCAUGAUGUGAUCCACAUCCCACCGAAACGCGCUGAGCCUCCGGAGCUCAGUGUCACCAGCUCCAGUUCCUCCGAGAUCUCUAUCUCCUGGACACCCCAUGUGGAGCAGGGGAAUUGCACCUUCCGCUCCUGGCAAGUGGAACUCCGCGACCCUGGGGGCAGUUGGUUCCAGGACCCCCCGGCCUGCGAAGCCUUGAGCUCCUUCACGGGGCGCUCUUGUGUCAUCACCAACUUGCCGUGCGACACACCCUAUGUGAUUCAGGUGCGUCAGGUCUGUGAAGCGUCCAUCUCCACGUCCGAUUGGAGCCGCCCCGUGACCGGCAGCACCACUGUGGCCAUUGGACCUGAAUGUCUCCAGCCAGCAAGUGCGCCCACCAACUUGGUUGCCACUUCGUCCGAUGAUCAGUUGGCGUUGUCGUGGCAAGCUGGUGCGCAGGAGGACUCGGAGUUUAUCCAUUGGCAGGUGGAGUUGUACAAGGCCACCUUUGUGGGAGGCCAGGCAGAUCCAAAUCUCGAGGUUCGAGUCUCGAAUGCAUGCCCAGGACUCUUGGAUCGAAGCAUUACAGCUUGCCAAGUCUCAGACCGGGCCUUUGGAUACUACUCCUUCGCUGUGAAAGAGCAGUCCUUCACGCCAGCGACGGGCUCACCUUUGUCGGCCCGCAGCGCGGGCGCAUGGGUCCACAGGCGCCACGCGGAGCCGCCGGCGGUCUCCUUGUCGGGCGCCAGCGUGGAGGGCCUUCACAUCUCGUGGACGCCGGCAGCACUGCAGGACUGCAUCUUUGCUGGCUUCAAGAUUGAAGUGUCAGUGGAUGGGGCUAACGUUUGGCAAGAGCCCGAGGGCUGUCGAUUCCUUGGGGAUGCCACCAGCUGUUUGGCGACAGGUUUGAUGUCCAACACCGAGUAUGUGGCAAGAGGAUCCGUGCUUUGCGAUGAGUGCGCGGAGACACCCAGUGCUCAAAGGAUUCCCUGCGAUCCAGGUGAGCCAACGGACGACACUUGCUCAGUUCCCGACGGAUCCCCGAGCUGCUUUAAGAAGCUGGAUGCCUUCAGGGCAAGCAGCAGCCCCUCUGCUCCAAGCAGCUCCUUGCGGACCAUGGCGAGGCGCAGCGCAGUGCCCACUUCGGCGGGCGUCUCGGUGCCCACGGAGUCGGGUCAACGCGUCACCUUCAACUGGAUCCCAGGCCAAGGCUCCGCGGGCGACGCGUCCGUGUCCUCGGACUGCGACUUCCAGUCGUGGCAGCUGGAGAUCCACGUGCAAAGCCAAAGCGACUGGGGAGUCCCUGAAGGCUGUGCUGAUUUGACCGAGAGCAGUUCGACCAGUUGCAUCGCCAUGAAUUUGCAGUGUGACACCCCUUACAACGCCCGUCUUCGAGCUGUGUGUUUGCCAGCGGCAGCCAGCAGCGAUUGGAUGGCCUUCCCUUCUUUUCGCACAUCCUACGCAGGAAGCUGCCUGGUCCCAGCGACGGCGCCGCAACUGCUGAGGGCUGCCAGGAGCACGCCGAGCAUGUUGGAGAUUUGCUUCACCGCCGGGGCGGCGGGUGACUGCGUCUUCAGUGGCUUCGAACUGCAGAUGCAGAUGGAGGGCAGCAGUUGGAUGGACUUGCCAGUGACCUGUGGCAGCCUGGCGGUGCGCGAGGGACCCUGCUGCUCGGUGAUGAACCUCCUGGAGGGCACCGGGUACUUCUUCCGCGCGCGGGAGACCUGCAGCAACGGCGCUCCUUUAGCCUCGCCCUUCGUGACGUCCGAGGUGGCCCUCUACACCACAUCAGUGCCGGAGGUGCCUCCACCGAGCUACCGGGACCCACUGGGGGUGAUCACUACCCUGGAAGCGCCCAACAGGCUGAUGCUCUUCUUCGAGGCAGACCUUCAGCUGGGCGCCAGCGAUGUCCCGAUUCGGGUUUGCCCUGCCCUAGUUGGCACUGCCGAAGCACCUGGACCUUGCCAGUGCGUGAGUGAGGCGGACUGCGCCUCUCGCUGCGCUGAGCGACAAGACCUCUCGGCACUGCUGAUGAGCGCGCGUGUGCUCUUGGUGGACUUGGGCUCGGCGGUGGAACCCCUGACGAGCUGCACCUACGAAGUGACUGUCGAGGAAGGCUUUCUGGUGACGCAACUGGAACCUCGAAAGGCGUCGCCCAGGGUGAUGUGGAACUUCACUCACGUGCCCCCAGCGCCCACGGGGAGCCUCAGCCUCCAUUCGAGCACAGAGACUUCUUUGGUGGUCCACGUCACCUACGAUUUGCCGGUGACGGUGCAGUGCGGCGUGUUGACGGGCGAAGGCGUCGCGCACCUGGCGCCCGCGGAGGAUUUCACGGGCGCCCGGAGCUUCGUCGAAAUCCGCAUCACGGGCUUAGAGCCCUUUACGCAAUACACGGUGACUUGCACAGGCGUUGUGAUUGGCAAUCCAGCUCUCAACUCCACAGUGACUCAAGCAGGUUUGUCGACGCUGGUGGACACCGAUGAUACCUUGUCUGGCAUCACUCUGGUGGUGGAGGCGCUCUGCGACGGCGACGGCGCCUUUGUCCAGCCCAUCGAUGCCGCGUUCUUUCCGCCGUUCUCCCCAGAGAAUCGUCAGUACCAACUCUCCUUGGACGCCGAAGAGAUGCGGACCACGUGGUGCAGUGAAGAUUCGGUGGAGGCUGUGGUGAGGAUCCAACUGCAAGGGACCUCCACCAGCAUCUUCGCUCGAGUCACCAACCCCCAGGCGCAAGUGCUACGGCAAGAGCUUCGUGAUGCGACCACUGGACAACUCCCGGAGGAUGUCUCGCCCAACGCGGUGGUCCAGGUGAGCAUUGUGGUUGAUCCAGCACAACUGGGAGCCACCGCACCAGCUCCCUACGUGGUGGAGGUCGUGCUAGGCGUCUUGGACGUUCGCGUGGAGAGCCACAGCUUUCCCGCGCUCGUCGAGGACGACACGACGGACACAGAGAGUGGGGACUCAGCCAGCCUGGUGCUUUCAGUGCCUGUGGGUCUCACUGCCUCGGAGCUGAACUUCCUCUUGGGGCCUCACCAGCAGCAGGCCACCUUGAGCAGUUCCGAAGCCGCCCCACAGCAGGAGGGCGAGACCGUCCCCAGGAUCUUGCUCACCUUCGAUUUCGCCAGCCUUGUUGGAAUGGGUGACGGGCUGCCGUUGAUCAUUCAAAUCCAACCCGCUGCUGGGAGCAGCACCCGCGUGGUGAAUAUCUACACGCAGAUCUCAGUCAGCUUUGCUGCUCCCACAGUGAUCACUGUGGAGACGACGCAAGUGAACAACCUGGUGUCUUUGACAGAGAUCACCUUUGUGACCAUCACAGGGGCCAACUUGGCGCUGGCGGAUGAGCCUUUGCAGCUGAACGCCGAGAUCUUCAUCGAAUGCCGCGCGGCCGAGCUGCAGCGUUUGGUCAGCGACGGUCUUGGAGAGAACUUGUGUCAGAGCACAGUUGUUCUCUCUACCACAAGCUUGAGCUGCAAUGUGGCACCAUCAGCAAGCGCCUCCUUGGGCCUUUGCCUGGUGCUCCGGGGCGGCCUCUUCUCGAACUACUAUUGCGCUGCCACUUUCCCUGAAGCUCUUCAGCCUCAGCAAGUGACGGUCACAGGUGUCAACACCCCGGAGCAGGAAGCCUCCUCACCCGAGCCCAUCAUCGUGACGGUCGGUGGCCGGGAAAGCGGUGAGCUAGAAAACCUGGCUCGCGCCGUAGACCUUGACAAGCAGCACACAGAGCAGAAGUUGGAGUCGAUUCGUCAUGAGAACCAUCAAUUGCAAACACAGCUGGAAGAACUUAAGACCGAGCGAGCAGCCUUGCGGGCGCAGCUGGAUGCAGAGAAGCAGCAGCGCCAGUCCUGGCUCACCGAGAGCAGCGCGAUGAUGAAAGAGGUGCAGAUGCUGCGACAGCGUCUUCGCAACUCGCAGGAAGAGAGUGGCCGUUGGAAAUCGGAAUCGAAGAACAUCGAGGAGGAGUUCAAGGCUCUUCAGCAGCAGCAAAAGGAUGAGGAGCAGAAACAGCAGGCCCUCCAAGAGAAGGUGGCACGUGGGCGAGAGGCACUCGAAACCGAGCGUUUGGCGUUGUCUCAGCUGCAGCAGAGCAAUCGCUCCAAAGAAGCAGAGUCAGGCAGCCUUGAGCGUGAACGGCAGCGUUUGGCCGCCGAAGUGGCUCGAGUGUUUCAGGAAGGAAAGAAAUUGGAACAGCAGAUUGGGCGCCAGGGCACUUCAACGGCCGCACUACAAAGUCGUUUGAAGGCGCUGCAGCAGGAGGUCCAUCGCUGGAAAGGUCGCGCCAAGCAACAGGAUGCCGAGGCCUGCGCUCUGCGGCAGAAGCUGAAGGAGAUGGAGGCAGCCAAAGGGCACACAGGGGCCCCUGCGACGGCGACGGAGACGGCCACAGAGGGGGCGAAGGAUCACGUGAGUGGGCAGAAGAUAGAGCAGGAGCCCCGAACUCUUCCAGAGCGAGGCCCAGCGAGAUCCAGCGAGAUCGUGAAGCCCGAGGAGGCCGAGGCGCAGGAGGACAAGGAAGCAGAGACGAGUGCCGUGGAGUCCAAGGGCAGAAAAGAGUCAGUACCAGGUCAUGUGCCAGCUGCAACUGUGGCAGAUGUGCCAGAUGUGCCAGGUGUGCCUGUGCACGAGUCUGGUGCAGACGAGGUUGACGAUUUGGAGGCGAAGGAGGUGGUGGUUGAAGAGUUGGAUUUAGAGGAGCUUGGGAUUCUGGGAUCAGACGAAGGUGAAGAUGAGGGGUCAGCCGAUGGCCUGGAGGAGCUUGGCAUCUUGGAUGAGGAGGACUGGGGCUUGGAUGAGCUGGGCUUGGAGGCUUUGGAGAAGCAAAAAAAGCGAGGAGGAAGCGACAUCCCUCCGGAGUCUGUGACACAAGGCUUUUUGCAGGUCUGGGUCUCACCCUUCGACGAGCCAGCGGAAGAUUUUGCCGAUCCCGGUCCCGGGUACUUUCCCUUGUGUGCGGACGCCGUGGUCUUGGAGGAUCGGAGGAGCAUUGAGUGCUACCGGAACCAAGACUUGAACAUCUCCGAGUUGGGGACCGAUCUGAACGUCUAUGUCCAAACGGGGCAAUACCAAACCUCCUCCAAUGUGCUCGAGGGCGCCAUCCAGCUUCUCCUACCUGAGAUCAUCAGGGUGACCCGGAACCACGAGUACGAAGUGGGCGAGCUGAUCGUGACCAUCGACGGUCGGCACUUUGGCACCGCUGAGAAUGGAAACAUGGUGGUCUCUGUCCAGAGCUUCGGCGCUUCGUCCCCCGUGGUCGAAGACCCCCGCUUGGCCGAAGGUUUCGGCGAUCCCAGUUAUACGGUGCAAUGCGAAACCAUCAGCCAUACGGACACGCAGAUUGUCUCUAGAUGCACUUCAACCCAAACCAACAGCAUUUUGGGCGCCCAAGUGGAAGCAAGUCUUUAUACCGAGACGGCGCAGCUGGAGGUGGACGAGUCGCAAGGGCGGCGGCUGCAAACGACGUUGGAUGAGUUGGCUCUUCAGCUCUCGCAGCUUCCCGUGGCGUUCUCCGUGGGCUACCAGCUGGAGUGCUCCGUCGCUCUUAGGCUCAACCAAAGCUGCGAUGAACCCGUUGCGCAGACGAGGGAGUGGCAAUCGGUCCGCCUGCGACCGUGCCCUGCGGGAGAGCACCGAAUCAGCUACGCAGGUGUCGGCUGCCUGCAGUGUUUGCCUGGCUACUACAAAAGUGGAGUUGGUCCGGCCUUGUUCUGCGAUCCUUGUGAGCUGGGCUUUUACAUGGGUCUUACGGGAGCAGGUGCCUGUACUCCAUGUCCACCGCACGAGACCACGCAGAACACCAGCUCACGCGAGAUCGCCGCCUGCGACUGCGCGGAAAACUACUUCCGGAGGAACUCCUCGGUGGAUUGGACGCUGGCCAGCAACCAUGGCGUUUGCGAGCCAUGCCCCUACGGAGCGAUUUGCGAAGGUGGCUCCGUGUUGCCCUAUUCAGCGCCGGGCUUUUGGACACCUGACAGGCUGGUCUUCUGGUCCUGCUUCCCAGACUUCGCUUGCCUACAAGGCAACGCGGAUGAUCCAAACCUUUGCCAAGAGGGUCGAGUGCCCCAUGGCCGCCGCUGUGGCCGCUGUGCGGCGCAGACCUAUGUGCAUUUGAGCGAGUGCAGGCUUUGUGGCUUGGCCGACCGCGUGUUGGCGUGGGUCGGGCCCUUCCUGGUGCCCCUCUUGACGGUCCUGAUCUUCUUGCCCUUGCUCAUCCGUCUUCUGAGAUCCAACGACAUGGCUCGUACCAAGAGAUCCAAAACCCUGAUUAAACAAAGAGGCAAGACGCGGAACUCGAUGCUGGGCCACCUGGGAGAUGAUCACGGAGAGUUCCGCAUGCUCGUCGUGAUGUGGACGACUCUUCAAACGUUGUGGAUUUGUCACGAGAUGCCUUUAAACUUCACGCGCUUUACGCGGGACUGGUUGUGGGCUUUAGGUGUCACGGCCUGGGAUUUUUCGAUUUUGAGACCGCAAUGUGCCUAUGAGAUUAGCUUUGUUUGGAAGUGGCUCCUGCAGUGGUUGGGCUUCUUCGUGAUGAUUGCCUUCACGCUCCUGUGUAUUUGGAUUUAUACCUGCAUCCACCGGAACGCGAAUCGUGACUACUACUACAUUAGCCCUUCACAGGGUCUGCUUGGCAUGCUGUCCAUCAACUUCAUGAUUCUGCUCCUGGUUCACCUGCGAGAUGACUUGAUAUUUCUGCAGUGCAUUGAUUGCGAAGAUGGCAAGUUGUGCCUUGCGGAGCAACCGGCCAUCGAGUGUCGCUUGGGCGAUUGGGAAUGGUCAACCAUGUUGGUGAUCUCAUUGAUGGACAUCUUCAUUGUUAUCGUGGGCUGUGCCUACAUGAUCGUGCUGGGUGUCUAUAAGUCUUGGCGCUGGCAGCAUGGGAAUUUGCCUGGGCUUUGCUCCAACGCCGAAAUUCCCUGGUACGUGCUCUUUGCGGACCUGUGGGUGCGAGGCUACAUUGGAUACAUCAAGGAGAUCCGAGAGGCAGUGCCAGAGUUUCAGCAAGAGUAUCCUCACCUGGAGAGUGAGGAAAAGCGCAAGGAGGUUUGGAACAAGGCCAUCGACCUCAUUUUGGCCCAAGAAGCCGAAAAGGCAGAGAUUCUUCUUCACCGUCUUGUCCAGCACCUGUAUCGCCACCACCCGCGGUUCCGUGUCAUCGGUGAGGAUGAAGGUCCAGCGUUGCAGCUCGUGAAGGCCAUCACGAGUUCGUACACCAGCGAGCGCUCUGUGAAGGCUCAAAAUGAAGUGCUUGGACGAGCGGAAGAUGGUGUAGAUUCUUCCUUGAAGGUCGCGGACGUCCAUCAUGUCGAGCUGAUGAUGAAUAACCUCUUGGACUACGCCAGGUGGACACUCCCGGGCUGCCGAGCAGUUAAGCGCGUUUUUGCCUAUAGCUGGGCUGUGGUAUUGCUAUUUCAGCGAUUUGCCAUCGUGAUCUUCUGCAUGCUGAUGCCUCAAGAUCAGGACUUUGCAAUCCCUUUGACUUACCUGUUAGUCAAGCUGGUGUCUUUGCUCGCGGAAGCCUCGUUACAUCCCUACGUUUGGACCUUCUUGAACGACUGGGAACCUUGGAGUCCUCGAUCGGACGAAUUCCGCCGCGGAAGGGUUCUAAUCUACGUGUUCGAGAAGGAAUCUCUAGUGGUGAGUCACUUUUAUACUCCCAUCUCCACAAUGAAGAAGUAUCACCGUGUGUCCUUCAUCCAUUUGAUCCAUGAGGAAGUGUCCCUGCAUGCUCUGAUUUUUGUGCUGCUUGGCGUAGCACCGGAAUCCUGCCAAGUGGGCCAUGGUGAAUGGGAAGACUUGUGUUCACAGUGA